ACGAGAACAAGCUUGAAAGUGUACACAUUACCUCAAACCUGGUGAUGUUUAGUGUUGAGUGACAUGGUGGUGGUCUGUACGCCCCUGCUAGCACAUGUCAGUGCUCCUUGGCCCUUCAAGACACAGGGGCGCCACGUGAGGUGAUCCCUGGCCACACCGCCUCCCUCAACACAGCCAGGGGCGCCGUUUGUUGGCUCAUCAUUCUGCACUUAAGAUCAAGUUAAAUAAAGGCAAAAGAGACAAGGCAUAAUGUCACCAGCACUCCUUCACGUCCUGGCCCGGCCACUGAGCCUCAGCAUGAGAGGACUGCAUUGGGCAACACAGCUGGCACUCAGGCCCACCACUGCCACAAGAAAGAGGUGCUUGCUAAACAGGAUAGCAGUGUGGGAGGCGAGGGCUGUCAGGUGCUGCUCAGGGCACACCACACAUGGGCCAGACACCUCCAUCACAGCACCAGAUGAGGAGGAGGCAGAGAAACACCUUAUGGCUCCUGACUCCCUCUCCAAGAUGCACCAGACUGACCUUUCCAGCUUAGCCACUUCUGAAGAAUUUCUAUUACCCAGCCAGCAAAGGCAGAGGGAAAGUAACCUGUUGGUGGUGAAGAUCAGGGAGUGUGAGAGUACCACUGCUGCCUUUGAAGUGUAUGAGAGGCACAGUGACGUGAUGGAAACCAGGCACUGUUUGGCACUCCUGGAAAAGCUUGGAGACUUUGCGAAAAGUAGCACAGAGGACAUGACACAAAUAAAACAGAGUGAGGGGUUCAAGAUUCUGUGUGGCCAGCUGUACUCUCAGUGUCGCCGGAUGGAAGGGGAUGAGUGGCUGAAUCUCCUGAAGUACCUGGGUCUCCUGGAAGUUCCCGCCAACUCAAAGCUCAUCCAAGUUGUCCUUCAGAUGUUGAAGCACCAGAUUCAUGAUUUGUCCCUGAAGCAACUUAUCUUCCUGAACUUUCUGCUGAAGAAGAUGAGCACCACACCACUGUCAGAGGCCCUGCUCACUGCCAUCCCCAUCCUUCUCAGCAACACCCUUCCCUCAACAUUCCUCAAGGACCUCGCCUUUUCCUGCUUGUCCCAGGCAUUCACCAUCUGCUGCCAGGGGAAGGUGAACGGUCUGGGCAUCAUUCUGCAAGAGAUGUACAGGCGGGGCAGCGUGCAGAACACAAUCCUGGCUAUGAGUUUGGUGUGGACGCUGACUAAAGUGUCCUCGCCACAUCUACAGAGGAGAUUGCUGACCCAGGAGGAGCAGCUGACUAGGGAAGUGAUCAUGAAGGAGUGCCUGGAGACUAUGGUGAAGGAUAUGGACUCUCUCUCUUCCCAGCAGAUGGAGUCAACCCUGACCAAGCUGUGUCUGGGCCAUGAGUUUGGUGACAGAAGCUGCUACAACGAGAGGUUCCUGCAAGCGGCAGCCUCCUAUGUGUGCCGCCACUCCCUCUCCUUUGUGAAGGCAGCACACACCAUCACGAAGAUGUCCAAAAUGAAUUAUGUGUCAGAGGAGCUGGUGCAGUACACAGUGAAGCUCAUGUUGUCACAGCCACAGGACAUACCACACGCCAGGGUGGGGAUGAUAUCACUGCUCUUGGCCGUCACAGCCACGCCACUGCCCCGCCAAGACCUCAAGGCUGUGCUGGAUGUUAUGAUGACCCACAAAUCCCUCCUGCUGAAUUCUGACUACUACAAGAAGCCUCUGCUGUUGGUGGCCAUAGAACUCCUGAGUGCUGAGUACUACCACCCACAGCUGGUGCAGAUCCUCACCUCCCCAGAUGUCCUCAGCCUGUUCAUGUCAAAGUACCCCAAGGACAGCAAGAACCACUGCAAGCUGGUGGAUGUGGACCAGGCCCUGGGAGAGGUGGUGCAGUCCCCACACAGGGUCCCUGAGGCCUUCCUGGAGCCUGGCAGGAAGCUGAGGGCCAGCCAGCACCCCACCAGGUCCUCCCUCAAGGCCAUGCUGCACCAGAUCCUGCCCAAUCCAAGCCACCUCAUAUCUGGGGUAGUGACUGAGGGUGGAAUAUACAUAGACCACCUACUAGUGCUGGACCCAGAGGGAGUGCCCAUCAAGCUGACCAGUGCCAAGGACCUGAUCAUUAAGAACCCCUGUGUCACCUCCCUGGACCUGCCUGCCAGCGCCACCAAAAUAGCCAUCAUGGACAUUGGGUCAUCGGGAACCUUCAGGCCCUCGGGAGUGCUGAAGGGCCUCGAGCGGCUGCGGAAGAAGGUGCUGGAGGCGGGUGGCUUCAAGGUGCUGCCUCUGCUACAGCUGGUCAUCUUUCAGCACCAUGAUGAGGAGAAGAUCCUGUAUGUGAAGAGAGAGUUGGUGGAUGCUGGUGUCUCUCUCAGCUAAGGAAGGGAGGAGAGAUAAGCUUUUUUUUUUUUUUUUUUUUUUUUUUUUUUUUUUUUUUGUAUGUUCUUUCAAUUUUUUUUUUCAUUAGUUGUGGUUUUGUUAUGUAUUUUUUGUUCUCUCUUUCUUCAUUCUAACUUUUUUUUUCUUUUACUCAUGUUUUUUUUUUAUCAAUUUACUACUACUCUUCUAAGUUUUGUCUGUUUUGUUUUCUCUCUCUCAUAUCCUUCAAGAUUUUCCUUACGUUUUUUUUUUUUUUUUUAUCAUUUAUACUCUUCUUUUAAGUUUUGUCUUGUAUGUUUUCUGUCUUAUUCUUUUUCUUAUUAUUACUUUUAUCUAUUAUUAUUUUAUUUAUUGAUUGAUUUAUUGAUUUCAUUUUAUUUAUUUAUUUUUUAUUUUUAUUUUUUUUACUCAUGGUGUUCCUGUUAACUUGACCAAACUCCUCUUACUUCUAUCACUUCUACUCUUCUUCAAAGUUCUUCAUUAGAUGUGAUAUUGCCUUGUUUUCUUUCUCAUUAUUCUAGUUUUUUUCAUCUCUUUCUUUCCCUCCUGUAGAAGAUGUGUGAGAGGAGAUGAGGCUUUUCAUUACUUGUACUCGUCUUCUGCUGUUCUUAUUCCUAUGCUUUUUAUAAUUCCUCUAGUUUUCUUUCUCUCAUUCCCAUUUUCUGUUCUUACAAGGUCUUUCAUUACAUAUAUUCCCUCUCCAAGUUUUUUUUUUUUUUUAUGUGAUUCUUUUUCAUCUCUCUCUCUCUCUCUCUCUCUCUCUCUCUCUCUCUCUCUCUCUCUCUCUCUCUCUCUCUCUCUCUCUCUCUCAUCCCAUGUUUAGGUGGUUGAGCUGUGCCAUUCACAAGCCAGCCCUGCUAUGAAGAGACAGUGGUGUACUUGUAAAUAUAGGCUUUGUUUACAGAAGUUACAGUCAGAUUAAAUUAAUUGUUUUA